AUGAACGAAUCAUCAACCAGAGAACACCAGGUCACAAGCAAAGAGAUUCUUGAUGUGGCAUUUGAAAAGAGUAAAUCAAAAUUCACCACACCACGACAGACAAUCCAGGAUACUGAAGAAUUACAAUCCUAUCAACAAACCAAAAGAAAGGAGUUCGAGCAACAUAUCAACAAAAAUAGACUAAACCUAGGCCAAUGGACACGUUAUGCCAAGUGGGAAAUCGAAAAUAACCAUGACUUUCCACGUGCAAGAUCGAUAUUGGAAAGGGCUUUAGAUGUAAAUGUCCAACACAUACCAUUUUGGAUACAGUAUAUUCAACUCGAGUUAUCACACAAGAAUAUAAACCAUGCCAGAAAUCUAAUGGAAAGGGCCAUCAAUACCUUACCUAGAGUUAAUAAGCUAUGGUUUUUAUAUGUGCAAACAGAAGAAAUGCUUAAAAACUAUCAAAUGGUGCGAGUAAUAUUUGAAAGAUGGCUCGAUUGGCAUCCCGACACUUCUGCUUGGGAUGCGUAUAUAAACUUUGAAGCACGAUAUGAAGAAAAAGAGAAUGUCCGAGAAAUAUUUAAGAAAUACGUUUAUGAAUUCCCAAAUGCAGGGACAUGGUAUAAAUGGAUCAAGUACGAAAUGGAAAACAAUCGAGACGACGUAAAGACCAUUCGAGCUGUGUUUGAAUCGGCCGUAGAUACAUUACUUUCGAAUAAACUGGAAGAUGACGAAGUUGCCAUCAUAAUUUCUAAUUGGACUAGUUGGGAAGUAUCAUGUGGGGAGCUGGGUAGAGCAAAUGAGAUUUUCAAAUUACUACUAGACAAUCAAAAUAAUAAAUUGGAGAUUUCAGAUAAAACCAAAAGUUCAAUUUACACUGCAUUUGUGGAGUUUGAAAAAACCUUUGGAAGCAAGGACUCCAUUGAGCAAAGUGUUUUGCUAAAGCGAAGAAUAAAAUAUCAAGAAGAAAUCCAAAACGACCCAUAUGAUUAUGACUCCUGGUGGAAAUAUAUGACACUAUUACAAAAUAGUCUGAACAAAAGUGAUCUAGAAAAUGCAUUUAAAAAAGUGACAGGAAAUGUUGUUGAUGAUAAACAUAAAAGCAUAAAAUGGAGGCGAUAUAUAAUGUUCUGGAUUUGGUACGCGUUUUGGGAGGAAAUGACAAAUAACGACCCUGACUCAGCGAGAAAAAUAUGGAAUGAUUGCUUAAAAGUUAUACCUCACAAGCUGUUUACUUUUGCAAAAGUGUGGAUUGGAUAUUCUGAGUUUGAAUUAAGAAAUAGCGAGGAUGGAUUGGCUAAAGCUCGAAAGAUUUUGGGCCGUGCAAUUGGCCAAACUAGCAUAAACAGGCCCAAAACAAAGAUUUUCAAAUAUUACAUUGAUUUUGAAAAAAAGUUGGGAGACUGGAACCGUGUGAGGUUGCUCUAUCAAAAAUGGCUAGAAAUAUCUCUUUCAACAACUUCACUGUCUGAACUUGUUGUUGAAAAGUAUGUUGAGUUUGAGUCAUCAAUUGAAGAAUACGAUAGAUGUGAACUGAUACUAUCUGCUGCAUGCCAAUUAUCUGAAAAUCCAGAAUAUAGUUCCAGUUUUAAUUUACAAAGGUUGUUUGAGAUAACAGUUGAAUUUUAUAAAGAAGAAAUGCGAUACGACAAGAUCCGAGAACUUUACCGAGCUCUAUUAGAGAAGGACCCGACCGCUCAUAACUGGAUUUCUUUUGCCUUAUUUGAAUCGAGUAUACCCUCACCCGAACAAUUGGAAGAAUAUUUACAAGGUAACAAUGAAGAAUUUGAAGCCACAGUGGACGAGCUGCAAAUUGAGAACACAAGAAAGAUAUUUGAAGAAGCUAUGACUUUUUUCAAAGAUAAAGAUGACAAAGAUAGUCGAUUGGUAAUAAUUGAAGCUUGGCGAGAUUUUGAAGAGGUUAAUGGGUCAGACGAAAGUUUGGCUAAAGUCACCAAAAGAUUGCCUGUAAUUGUAAGAAAACGGAGAACAGUUGGUUCUAUCGAGGAAGAAUAUAUCGAUUAUAUUUUCCCAGACGACGAAACCAAAAAACUACCUGGUAAAAUGAGCAAGUUUUUGGCUAAUGCUAAGAAAUGGGCUCAAGAAAACUAA